AUGUCGAACCCUACCCCAGCCCAGGAAGAAUUCAACGCGCUGCUAGCAGCAAACUCUCGUGACGAGAGCAGAGUACACCCCGAGGAUCGUGACCACGCCCGCCACGAGCAACAAAGCCUCGACCUUGACGAAGACGAGAUCCAUCGCAACUCCCAGAUUGACGCCGCCAUGCGCAUGCCAACUCUGGGCCAGACCGGCUCCGAUCUGAAGCUGCCCCCGGCCAGCUUCGAUGCCGGCCGUACGACUGGCGUGAAGGGCGUCAUUGCCGAUGCCCGCAACUACGAGAACGCCCGCAAGACCUCCUUCAUGAGCCGCGCGCGCACGACGGUGCGGCGCUCCAUCUUCGGCUUGGACGACCUCAACUCUCAGUCCCACCCAUCACAGAAGAGCGGCAGCGAGACGGACGAGGCCAACGGCAGCGACUCGGACGACAGCUUCAUGCAGCAAUGGCGCGAGAGCCGCCGGAGAGAGCUCGAGAGCGAGUCCACCAAGGUCAUCAGGAACCGGAGAACAAGUCCUAGCGUGCGAAUCUACGGCCGUAUGGAUGAGGUGGACGCCUUGGGCUACCUUGACGCCAUUGAGAAGGUUGCGCGGGACACUGUCGUUGUCGUUUUUGUCUAUGACCCGGAGGUAAACAUCCCACCACCACCACCACCACCGCCACCAUCACCACCAAUGAUUGUAGAGGAGCCAUUGCUGACAAUAGACUUGCAGUGCGACGUAUCUGCGACGAUAGAACAGGCCAUGAUGGCCCUAGUGUCGCAGCACUCAACGAUACAUUUCGUCAAGGUUCACUACCUUGAUAUCGAAUUCGAUAACGCUGCUGUGCCCGCAAUCUUGGCAUACCGCAACCAGGGUGACAUGAUCGCCAACCUGACUGGCAUUAUCGAAAUGAUCCCUGACGAUGAGAUUUUUGGCACCGACACGCUGGCACGCCUUUUCCAGAAGCACGACAUCCUAUGA